CCCGCUUCAAAAUGCAACUGUUCCGCAUCUCACCACCUUUCUGUACCUUCACUCUCAUCACACUAAUUCCACUUUUCGCACCUCUCUUUUUCACGUUGCACCUCACUAUUAUUUUAUUACUACUUUGUUGCAGUAUCAUUGAAUUGUAACGAUAAUCAAUCAUGUCGAGCGAUAAGAAAGAGAACGAGUUUUUUGUGGACGCUAACGAAGAAGAAACCGAUAUCGAAGCUGUGAAUUACGAUAGCGAAAGUAGUCAUGAAAAUGAUGGUGGCAGUUACGAUGAACUCGAUCGCAAUGACGGACAGCCUGAGUCUUUCUCUUCUCAACAAUGGCCUCAAACUUUCAAUGAGGCUAUUGAUCCUUUGACGAUCAAUGCUCCGAAUCUUGGAUCAAUUCUGAGAGCUCCGAGUGUGCUAUACUCGAGCUUUGUGAGUCGUUCGUCGAGGAGUUAUUUAGAGUUACAAGAUGGAAAGGCUUCUUUUCUGUCUGGGAGUCAAAUUCAGGAAGGGGUUCCUAGACAGUCGACAUGGUGGGAAAAAGCUUCAAUUCAAAUGCACGUUCCUGAGGAAUUGCCUCCUGGUUAUGGAUGUACCUUCACUCAGACUAUAUUUAAUGGGAUUAAUGUGAUGGCUGGAGUUGGGCUCCUAUCUACACCUGAUACUGUGAAGCAAGCUGGGUGGGCCAGUUUGUUGGUGAUGGUUAUUUUUGCAGUUGUGUGCUGUUAUACUGCAGAACUAAUGAAACAUUGCUUUCAAAGCAGAGAAGGCAUCCUUAGCUACCCAGAUAUAGGAGAAGCCGCAUUUGGAAAAUAUGGCCGAGUUAUUAUAUCAAUCGUUUUGUACACCGAAUUAUAUUCAUAUUGUGUGGAGUAUAUCAUCAUGGAAGGUGAUAACCUUACUGGUCUUUUUCCUGGAACAUCCUUGCAUUGGGGAGGUUUGGAUUUGGAUGCCAAGCACUUAUUUGGAAUUUUGACUGCACUUGUUAUUCUCCCUACUGUUUGGUUGAAGGAUCUUCGAGUAGUUUCCUAUCUCUCAGCUGGAGGGGUUAUUGGUUCAACUUUGAUCGCUAUUUGUGUGGUUGUUGUUGGGACAAGAAAUGAUAUUGGAUUCCAUCAGCCUGCUCCAUUAGUGAAGUGGAGUGGCGUUCCAUUUGCUUUUGGUAUCUAUGGGUUUUGCUUUGCUGGACAUUCAGUUUUUCCCAAUAUAUAUCAGUCUAUGGCUAACAAAAGAGAAUUCACAAAGGCAAUAAUCAUAUGUUUUAUUUUGCCCAUGUUGUUAUAUGGAGGUGUUGGAAUCGCGGGAUAUCUCAUGUUUGGUGAAAAGACAUUGUCUCAGAUAACAUUGAAUCUACCACCAAAUGCCCUUGCUUCCAAAGUCGCUUUGUGGACUAUAGCAGUUAUUCCGCUAACUAAAUAUGCUUUGAUGAUGAACCCGCUGGCAAGAAGUGUAGAGGAAUUGUUGCCUGCUAGCAUCUCAAACACCAAUUGGUGUUUCCUUCUUCUAAGAACAGCAUUGGUUGUAUCUACUGUUUGUGCUGCUUUUAUCAUUCCAUUUUUUGGGCUAGUGAUGGCUUUAAUUGGUUCUCUCCUCAGUGUUCUUGUGGCAGUGAUAUUGCCAGCUUUAUGUUUUCUAAAAAUUGUGGGGAAGAAGGCAACAAAUACACAGGUUGCUCUCAGUAUUAUAAUUACUGCAUGGGGUGUAGUUUGUGCUGCUUUUGGAUCAUACUCAUCUCUAUUAAAGAUUUUGCAGCAGCGCUGACACUUUUUUAAUUUCAGCAAGUGGACAGUUACUUGUCUUUGUAGCCAUAUUGGUAUAUUCAUGUCCCAUUGAGUUAUACUCAUGUGGUGUCUUCUUUUGACUGCACUCAUUGAAAAUGGAGUUAAACUAAAGUCGGUUAGAUUGCUGUUUGAAAGCAAUGUUUUUGAGCAUUUUCUUUGUGAUAAGCAGUUAACACCAUGGAUGGCAGCUAUCUCAUUAGAAUUUCUAUUUUUCUUCUUACUUUGUGAAAGUUCAUAAUGAACUUAAUUUUUUUAAA